AUGUUGUGGUUCUUUCUAAUUACCGCUGUGUGGGCAUUUAAAAUUCCCAGAUCUUUGCUAGAACAAGACAGAGACGUUGCAGUGAAGUACGCCGUGGACCAGUAUGCCAUGAACUCUGCAAGGUUGAAGGAGAUGAUUCCAAGAUGUGCCAAAAUUGACAACGCCACUUCGUCUUACGACUUCACAGGCAGCCAUCACGAGGUAUAUUUAGAAAGUAUUGCCGGUGUUAACGUCAGCAUAGUCGACCAGAUGGGCAUUCCUGUGGAUUUGGAGAAUAAAGAAGACUAUCCAGAACUCGCCAGAAGGAUGGAUAGGUUCCGGCGCUGUCUCUGGUAUGGUGGUGCUUCAUUCGUAUUUGCUUUUACAAGACAUGCUGACGAGGUGGUGAGCGAUACUCCAGACAGCUGGGCGCUGAGGGCAGCGCAAAUUGUGGACAUGUUGUUGUCCGAACUCGACCUCGGAAACCCGGAAUUUCGAGAGUUUUUAUAA